GCAUAUUUGAUAAUGUAACAAAACCAUGUUAAAGUGUGUACGCAGUGACGUCAUAAUUGGAACGUGUGUACCUGCGUGAUCGAGGAUGUUGUUGAGAGCAUGCACAAAAUAAACCGUCAGUGUGUGAGUUCCUAGACCAAAGAGAGAUGGUAGUCUGUACUCUUUUCUCCCGUGAAUAUUAAAUACUAGUAGACAGCUAACCACAUUGGUGACUGUGAAACGAUAGACUGCUGCAGAAUGUCUAAUGCUACGGGUUCUGGGCCCAGUCAUGCAGGCCAAAGGUGGUUUAGAUUUUUAUUCGACGGUGAAGAGAAAAGUUAUGAGCUCUUCAGAGAAGUUAUCUUGGAAGACUCAGAGAUACAUGAGGACGACGAAGAGGCUCUCGCGGAAGACGAGGCAAAGAACGGUGAGGCAUAUGCAGAGCUAGUGCAAUGUCUAGACAACAAGAGCUUGUCAUUGGUAAUUAGGGACGCGAAACGUGAUGGAAGAAAAGCACUGAAUAUUCUUUGCGAGCACUAUGCGGGAAGAGACAAACCCCACGUUGUGAGUUUGUAUUGUGAACUUUCCUCGCUCCAUAAGGCUAGCAAUGAAACGGUCACUGACUAUAUUAUUCGAGCAGAGACUAUAUUCACGUCAUUGAGAAGAGCAGACGAGCAUGAGUGAUGGGCUACAGAUAGCUAUGGUAGUAAAAGGACUACCCGAUUAAUACAAGCCAUUCGUCGUGUACAUUACUCAGACAAGUGAUGCUGUAACGUUCGGCGAGUUUAAAACAAAACUGCAAAGUUACGAGAGUACUGAAAAAUAUGGGAAAAGUGACGUGAAUGUUGAAGAACACAACGUGAUAAAGACUAGCGGGGCAACAAGGUCACGAGGAAGAGUAAAGAAAAUGGACCUGGCUGAAAUCGAGUGUUACAUGUGCGGUAAAAAGGGGCACAUGGCCAGGACAUGUCCGGACAGAUACCAGGUGUGAAGAGAGGAACGAAAAUGGGACACACCACAGCGAGGAAAGGGGCCUAGCCGAGGACAAGGCCGUGACCAUGUGAAGAAAGCUGAUGGAGAGACGGAGACAGAGCCUACAUCUUUCUGUUUCAGGAUGAGUGACUGUCCUACACAAAGAGGAAACAAGAAGGGUCUCAUGGUCGACUGUGGUGCUACAACACACAUGAUCAAUGACGCCACAAAGUUCAAAAUGGUUGACAAGAGCUUCAGACCCGAGGACCAAAUGAUCGAGCUUGCUGACGGAUCCAAGGUGAGCGGGAUGGCAAAGAUGAGGGGAGACGCCGAAGUUUACUUGCUGGACAGCGAGGGACAACAGGUGAAAACGAGGGUCCGCUUCAAGGACGGUAAUGACUGGCUGGUCCACAAGGAUGGUACCAUGUUCAAAAUGGACGUGUAUGGCUUGACUCGCUCUAAAAGGCCCGAUGGAGCAGGAUGUUGAGAGCCCGGUCACCAUCCAACAGCCCAAGCUUCCCAAGCAUGUCCGGGAGGACCUGCUGGUGGAGCGGGAACGGGCCAAAAGGAAGGUCCAGAGGUAUGUGCGCAAGGACGGCAAGUGCAACGUCCAUCACGGCAACGUGCGGGAGACCUACCGCUACCUGACAGACAUCUUCACCACGCUGGUGGACCUCAAGUGGAGAUUCAACCUGUUCAUCUUUGUUCUGGUGUACACGGUCACUUGGCUGUUCUUCGGCUUCAUGUGGUGGCUCAUUGCCUAUUUGCGUGGAGAUUUGGACCACAUAGGGGACAGCACGUGGACUCCCUGUGUAAAUAACCUCAACGGGUUUGUAUCUGCGUUUCUAUUCUCCAUCGAGACAGAGACCACCAUCGGGUACGGGUACAGGGUCAUCACAGACCAGUGCCCUGAGGGGAUUGUUUUGUUGUUGGUCCAGUCGGUUUUAGGGUCAAUAGUAAAUGCUUUCAUGGUGGGCUGCAUGUUCGUCAAAAUUUCACAGCCCAAGAAGCGGGCGGAGACGUUAGUGUUCUCCACCUGUGCAGUAAUCUCCAUGAGGGAUGGUAGACUGUGCCUGAUGUUCAGGGUCGGGGACCUCCGGAACUCUCACAUUGUGGAGGCCUCUAUCAGGGCCAAGCUGAUCAAGUCCAAGCAGACCAAGGAAGGGGAGUUCAUCCCCCUCAACCAGACAGACAUGAAUGUUGGUUAUGACACGGGAGACGACAGGUUGUUUCUGGUGUCGCCCCUCAUCAUCUGCCAUGAAAUCAACCAGAACAGCCCUUUCUGGGAGAUCUCCCAAGCCCACCUGGCCAAAGAGGACCUGGAGAUUGUGGUCAUUCUGGAAGGAAUGGUGGAGGCUACAGGUAUGACAUGCCAGGCCAGGAGUUCGUACGUGACCAGUGAGAUCAAGUGGGGCUAUCGUUUCACACCAGUCCUGACCCUGGAGGAUGGCUUCUACGAAGUUGACUACAACAGCUUCCAUGACAUCUAUGAGACAAACACACCCAGCUGCAGUGCCAAAGAGCUGGCCUCGCGUGUGCGCCUGCCGCUGACCUGGUCGGUGGCCAGCAGGCUGAGCCAGCAAGGGAUGCUGGAGCCUGAGAUCCAGGGCCGGGAGAAGAAGACCACCCUGGACACACAGGAGGAGGGUGUAGAGGAGCAGACGGAGAGGAACGGUGACAUCGCCAACAUGGAGAGCGAGUCCAAAGUGUAGGGAGAGAUGGAUGGGAGAUAGGAUGGAAAAAAGGAACAAGCACAGGUCUUUGGUCUGUGUUUAGGCAGGUCAUUGUGUCUCUGCUUGUGGCUGGCUAAACAGGCAAGCUGGUCCCAAGUUUGGAGGUUAAGGCAAAUCCCCCCCCCCCAAUCCUACGAAAAUGGUUUGGUCCAAGGAGCCCUGCAUCAAGAACACCCUCUGCCUUCAAAGGUCGUUUGUCCCUCAAUGCUAGCUGGAGAUGAUGAGGACCACUGAACUAGACCGUUCUGUGUAGGGCAACUGCAUGUUUUCAAAACUUGUUUUAUUUUCUUCUUUAGACAUAUCAAUUCAUAUUUAUCAUUUUCAGUUUUUUUAUUAAAAGAUUUAAAACCUCUCUCUAUAUACAAAUAUAUAUUGUAGGGCAUUUGUAUUUUUUGUAUAAAUAUUUCAGUAUUUGUUUUGUUGCAGAAGUGUGCAUAUUUGAAAGGACAAUGUUGAUACCAAUUCAUUUAGGCCAGGUUUGUAAAUAUUCUAUGCCUUAUGUAUGAAGCUUUCUUUACAUUAGAGGUUUUCAGAAAUAUAUGCGCACUUACAAAAACACACUGUAGUAAAUUGGUUCUACAUAGACCAACAUUUACAUUUUGUUUGUAAACAUUCGGGAUGCACGAGCAAUGUGGUUGCAGAAAACCGGGAAAUGAUAGCAUUUAUAAUGGCAAAAGGACCACACGGAUAAUAUAAAUAGUAAGAUUUAAAAAGACUAAAAAGGUCAAGGAGGACAGCCUUUUAGAGAGAAAGUAAUUCCCAAUUGAUCUGUCAUAACAGAAUUUUGAUUUGGGUCACGAAAGUCUUGAAAUUUGAGUGAGAAUGUCACCUGGUGGACCGCAUUGUCUUACCGUGCGUGUCCACUAAAGCGGAGCGGAGCGGCGCGGAACGUCGGCUUCCAAUUCAUUUUCAAUGAAACCGGGCGUUGACGCUCGUGUAGGGCAUUGUAGUGGACACGCACGGUUAGGCGGCAGCUAGUCUCUUGUCUUGGUUGCGUCAAAUCACAACGUUCAUAAUUUUACAGUUCGGUCAAUUCUACAUCAAAGGUUUUACACCAAAAAAGUCAAGCAGGGCAUUAUUCAAGAGAUAUGGGAAUUAUGUUUUAAGCCAGCUGGUUUGAUUAUUUUUGUGAUUUGUGUAAAACUGGUAAUCCGAGUGAGACUGCGUCUCACGGCGUUAUACUGUUUGGACAUUAGCCUCAGAGUCAGACUCGGGUCGCUCACUGGCACAAUGUUGUAUUUCACUACACCAAAAACGUCAGUGAGGACUGCCUUUUGUAGAUACGAGCCUGC